AGGCCCAUUAAGCCCAAUCUAAAGCUUCUCUCCCGCUCUCAAAUUUCCCUCACUCUGUGACCUCCAUCUCCAUGAUUCCUCUGCAAGUCCACCACCUCCCCCCACCUUUCCUCAUUUCCCAAACUACCCCUCUCCACUCUCUCUCUCCCACCUCUCAAACUGUCAAAUUUUCCCCCAAGCCGAACCCCUUUUCGUCUUCCCCAAUUUUGCUGUCCAACCCCCCCUGCAAAUUUCUCAGGGCAGCAGGAAUCCAAACGUCGUCUCUUUGUAGAAAUGAGGAAGAAAGCACUGAAAUUUCGACCGAGCUCGAAGACUUGUCGCCGGACGGCGUCGUUUAUAAGAAGACGUUAGCGUUGGUGGAGUGCUCCAUGUUUGCUGCUCUCACUGGCCUGGUGUACUUCCUCAGCAAUUCUCUCGCAAUUGAGGAUUACUUUGGCUGCUUCUUCUCGCUGCCGGUAGUGAUCACCUCAAUGAGGUGGGGCAUCGCUACUGGAAGAAAAACUAUGGUUGCAACAACUAUGCUAUUGCUAGUCUUGUCUGGUCCGGUGAAAGCCUUAACCUAUUUGCUUAAGCACGGUUUAGUUGGUUUUACAAUGGGAAGUUUAUGGAGGUCAGGAGCAAACUGGAGUCUUUCAAUUUUCUUGUGCACAAUUGUUCGAUCACUGGGUGCUGUAGGGUAUGUCUUGAUAUCGUCAUUCUUGAUAAGUGAAAACAUACUUGCUUUGAUCACUAUAAACAUUCAUGCUUCUCUAACAUUCAUAUUUACUGCAUCGGGCAUCUAUUCAGUCCCGUCAAUGGAAGCGAUUUAUGCCUUAUUUGGCACUCUGGUAUUGAUUAAUAGCGGAUCCUUCAUGUUCUUGCUCCACCUAUUGUAUUCGGUGUUCCUUACGAGGCUCGGGAUGAAAGCAUCAUUACGAUUGCCAAGAUGGCUGGAGAAGGCUAUAUAAUUUGACUUCCCAUACGUUAUGUAUCGUCACAUUUGUCGUCAUUGUUUGAUUACAUUCCUGUCAUGUAUACAUAAAACUACAUUUUGGAUCGAAAACAGGCAAAUGUCGAUAUCCACAGCUCACAUUUUGCUA